UCACAUCACUCGGCGCUGAUUUUUGUGUCCGCCAUCAACCUGCUUCAGAAGACAACAUUCACCGCAGGCCAGAAGAUUUCACCGAAACUCCGGUUUACGCGAGAACAACUCCAGUUUUCUGUUCCGGUCCAUCUGGCUCCGGCCGGGUCAAACAAUGUACCUCUCGUGCAUGCUCUCUUCGGGCUCCAUGGAACUUGGAGCGGAGCACAACGGAGUUACCGUGGAUGUAGUAGAUUGUAUUGGAUCAAGUCAGCUGAUUUGUCAGGGAGAAGACCUGCUAAGUUGCGAGCUAUUCUGAAUCCUGAUGACACCAGAAAGUUAUUCCUGCCUGAUGGAAUUCCAGGGACAAUGGAGCAGCUCUUGGAUGAGAUUAAAAAAGUUUGUGGUUUAAAAGGAAACAUAAGACUCCAAUACCAAGACAAAGACUUUGGAGAUGCACUUGUAAACUUGACAUCAACUGAGGAACUUGGUGAUUUGGCAACCGUCAAGAUUAUCCCCAUAAAUGAUUGUAGCCAAGAAGAUAACCUGACAAUCUGUGAUGAGUCUUUUAAUUCAGAUGUCAUAGAGGUCUUAUCCUCACCCUCUAGCUCUGUCUCCACAAGAACCCAGAUGUGGCCAAGAGAGUUUCCAAUACCCAAAUUCUCUUACGACACAGAAAUACAGUUAGAAAAGGGAAACACAGUGUUUAGGUCAAACAUGACAAGGUUGACAAUGUGUUCAAAGACAAAGUCAGACAUUCUGGAAAAGGUAGCUGAAGAAAUAUUCAAGUACAAAACUUAUCCAACAGAUGUUGACUUUAGUGACGUUGCUGAGGCACUAAUUAGGAAGCACCCGUGCCUGUUUGAGCCUGGUUCAUACAACGGCUGUUAUGGGUGGAAACAGCAACUGAAGACAAAAAUGGGAAACUACCGAACUCAGCUGAAGGGCAUUGGAUGUUCAGAGUUACCUGUAAAUUCCCUCAAGUCCAAAGCUCCAGAAGAUGCAUCACCAGCAAAGAAAGUGAAGAGACCCAGAAGGGGAGAGGCCAACCACAUACCUGAGAUUCCAACAGGAGAAACUUCUGAAAAACUGGAAAAUGAGAGGCUGUCACUGCUCCAUGAAGUUACAAAGCAAAAUAAUCGUGCAGUGAUAAAGGCCAAAAUGGCCCAGACAUUUUCAUUGCGAAGACAGGAAGUUGUGGAGAAGGAGUUACAUGUGGUUAAGCUGAAAGCAAGGUGGCCUGCAUUGUUCACAGUGGAUGAGCCACGAUUCCUGGCUUUCUUGGACAAGCACCACAGCAAGCUGAUUGAGAUCAUUAGAAACAAGGGAGGGAUUGUCAGAGAGAAGACACGGGAUAUAUUAAAAGUUCUUGAUCAGAACCUUGACGUGAUGCUAAAAAGAGAGUGUCUGCUUAAGUGUCUUCUUGUGUACCUUGGAGAAGAUGUGGACCAACUUAUCAAGGAAUAUCUGGUUGCUCAGCAGGAUGAAGCUGAACUCGCCCUUGCGAAAUGUACAAUGGCUGUUCGUCAUCAGAGGCGAAGAGGACACUCUACAGGCGCCAUAUGACAUUGGGAUUGUCAUUGAAGGUGUGAAAGUCCUUAAUGAGUUGCCAUCAGUCGCACAUGCAUGUGCUAUGCUAUUUGGCUUGAUCUAUACUCUCAACUUGAGCUAUCCUGUAGAGCUCAAAUACACCUUUGAUGCACUCCAGAAACUGUUCAUGGAGAUAGAAUCAAAGAAAAUGACAUGUAGAGUCUGUAGUCUCAGUGUCAAGCUCUAAGCUUUGGAUCAUCCAAUGAGACAUUUGGAUUCUACCUUUUUUGUCUUUUAUAGUUUAUUUGCAACCACAUACACUUUAGGGAAGUGUAAAUAAUUUCUGUUAGAUUGCAUUGAGGAGGAACAGACCUUUAAAGACAAACUAAGUAUCUGUCUUCUUUUUUUUAAUUGUUUAAAUGGUUCUGUCUGUCAUUCAUCUUAGACAUGUUUGCACGGUGUUCUAAAUGUUUUUGUUAAAAGCUGUUACAUCACCAAUCUCAACUUUGUGUGAGUGAGAUGUUCAAAUUGAGUGUAUUUUUGAAGAAGUCUAACAACUAGUUUAUUGAUGAAGGUCGGGUAGGUAUUGGAGGGACAAUCACUUCACUUAAUGUUGUUUGGUGUAUUUUUAUUUUAUUUCCCUUUUACUGUGUAAAUAACACUGAAGUGCUUUACUUUGUAAUUUUUAUUGUAAUGUUUUUUUGUACAUGAAAGAGAGCCUUUGUUCAAAAACACACCAUAAUAUAUGGGGAGAAAUUAUCUUUAUUUCUAGCAAGCUAAUUUAGAAAAUAUCUUGGUUUUAAGAAAUUCUUUGUUUUUUGUAAAACCAGAGCUUUUGUGA